AGGGAAAUGUGAGAAACUUGGGACAAAAACUAUGUUGCAUUCCGUCCCUAAAGGUGACUAGUACUACAGAAAGAAGGCGGCUAGUGGUUGUGAACAAGGCGGCGUCGACCGGAGUCGGGGCUCCGGUUACCAAUGUGCGGUUCAGGCUGGAUAACUUGGGCCCACAACCCGGGUCCAGAAAGAAGGGUAAGAGAAAGGGAAGAGGUAUAGCGGCUGGGCAAGGGAAUAGCUGCGGGUUCGGUAUGCGGGGCCAGAAGUCCCGAUCAGGACCCGGCGUGCGCAAGGGCUUUGAAGGCGGUCAGAUGCCGCUUUAUCGUCGAAUUCCCAAACUCAAGGGAAUUGCCGGAGGUAUGCAGGCGGGUUUGCCUAAGUAUGUCCCUGUGAACUUGAAAGACAUUGAAGCAGCAGGGUUUCAAGAAGGAGAAGAAGUGUCAUUACAAACUUUGAAGGACAGGGGUUUGAUAAACCCAUCAGGAAGAGAAAGGAAACUCCCUUUGAAGAUUCUUGGUGAUGGGGAGCUCAGUGUGAAGCUGGAUAUAAAGGCUCGUGCCUUUUCAGCAGCGGCUAAGGAGAAACUUGAGGCUGCUGGCUGUAACCUCACUGUAUUGCCUGGUCGGAAGAAGUGGGUAAAGCCAUCAGUUGCUAAAAAUCUUGCACGUGCUGAUGAAUACUUCGCAAAGAAGAGGGCUGCUGCUGCCGCUGCCGCUGAGUCAGCACCUGCUUAGACAACUUCAUAGCCACCAUUAAUGACACUGUAUGUGAAGAAGUACAUGGUAACAUAUUUUUGGAGGCAUAUUAAUCUUCUUUCCUGUUAUUAUCACUUUACCUUUUUUUGGUAUAACAGACAAACUUCUGGCAAUUGUUUCAUAUAUUAAUGUGAGAAGUAAUGUUUU